AUGGCUUGUUCCCGCUGUCGGCAGUGCAUCGACAGCCUGAGACCUGAUGCCUCGCCAUCUACAGAACUCAGCGACGCAUCUGGCAGAGGCUCUGGUUGUCAAGCAGAUCUCUGCCCUUUCCGGAUUCAAGUGGACGGCUUCUCAGGAAGUGGCCCUGUCAUGUUCAACCUGACCAUCCGCAACGGCGAUGCUGUGUGGCAGGUGAGACGCAGGUUUCGGCAGGUCCGAUCACUUCAUCAGUCUUUGAGUCAAACCUACCUCGCCCGUGGGUUGCCAGCCCCUCCGCCCCGGGCGACUGUGCGGUCGAUGGUGUUUGGGCAGAAUGACCGGCCGUUUCUUCAAGAGCGCUCCAGGAGGAUUCAGCUAUACUUGCGGGAACUCACAACCGUAAUCCCGUAUGUGGAACAGUGCGAAGCGCUGUAUCAGUUCCUGUGCUACCUCCACCUUCCCAGAUGGCGAGGGGACCGGGUCCUGGUCGGCGGUGGAGCGCCACCUGUAGACCCAAAUGUGGUGACGAAGCUUCCCAGGGCACUCCCCUUGGAGCCCAGUGAAGGCGAGGAGGUCCCGGACAAGGCCGCCGUCUGCGUGGUCUGCCAGGAAGUUAUGGACGUCAAAGAUGACAUCCGAGUGUUGCCCUGCAAGCACGAGUUUCACUACAAGUGCAUCUCAAACUGGCUGACUAAGCGCAACACUUGCUGCAUCUGUAAUGGCCCCGCAGUGCUUUCUGCGCCACACUUUACAUAG